AUGAUGAAAAUUAAAUAUCAAUACAGUCUAGAUAUUGGCCUACUAAUUGUGUAUUAUCCAGGCCCAGGUGAUUAGGUGAUUCUUACACUGCCUAUUCUUGCUCUUGUAAAUGAAAUUCCUCUCUUACGUAAUGUAGUCCCUAAAUCAUAUUAACCUGGUCCUGGAUAGUUGUGUUAAACAGACUUAGGUCGAGACUUCAUAUAAUCUAAAAAUUCCUUAUUCACUUUAUAAGGUUUUUCAGGUGGACUUCUAAAUACUUUUACUUAAGUAAUGUUAUAAUUUCCAGGUCCUGGAGUAUCAGAGUUUCGAUUGAACAUAAUUCGUUAACCUUUAGGAAAAGUGGGUCCGUUAGUUUUUUAUAUUUUACUAAGUUCGCUGAUGAUUGAGUUUUCACAGUAUAACUCUUAUUUAGGGAAACGAUCAGCCCUUCCAAAAGUUUGA